AUGUUCUUGCAUGAAACCAUUCAGCCAUGGUUGGAUGGAACUUCUGAUGGCAAAAGUUUUCGAUAUGAUGCAAAAUGGGGAAGGAUUGGUAUUGAAGCAUACAGUGCUGGGUACUUCCUUUAUGGAAUUGCAGUGCUUGCAAAGAUUGAUCCAGCUUGGGGAAUGAAAUAUAAGCCUAAAGCCUACUCACUCAUGGCAAAUUUUAUGAACUUGGCAAGAGGAUCAAACUCGAAAUAUACACGUCUAAGGUAUUUCGAUCUAUACAAAUUGCACUCUUGGGCUUCAGGAGGGGAACAAGACAGCACCAGUGAAGCUGUAAAUAUUUACUAUUCUGCUGCAUUGAUGGGCCUAGCUUAUGGUGACAUCCAUCUUGCUUCCAUUGGAUCAACUCUUGCAUCGUUGGAGAUUCAUGCGGCUAAGAUGUGGUGGCAUGUGAAAGAGGGUGAUAAUAUCUAUGAAGAUGAUUUUGCAAAAGAAAAUAAGUUAGUUGGUUUUCUUUUAGCUAACCAUAGAAUGAGUAAAAUGCGCGAUUGUUAUACUGAGUGGGAGAUUAAGAUUGGCCUUCAUGUUUUACCCUUAUUGCCUAUUACUGAGUUCUUAUUCAACAAUGUUGAUUUUGUCAAGGACCUUGUGAAGUCGACACCAUCUGAAUAUGUAUUAGACAUGUGGAUGGGGUUUGUGUACGCACUUGAAGGAAUUUAUAACAAUCAAGUUGCAUUGAAGAAGAUUAGAGGCUUAAAGGGUUUUGAUGUUGGCAACACAAUGAGCAAUCUCUUGUGGUGGAUUCACAGCAGGCAUGAUUAUAGAAAAAUGGGAUCCUGUCAUGAGAAACAAUGUUGCUUUUGUCGUUACAGCUGUUGA